AUGACUGACUCUUUGGUUUUUUGUUCUAGGAGUAAAAUCCCGAAGGAUGUUAUGGCCAAAGAAAUCGAGGAUAUGCUGCACUACAGCUUAAAGGUUAACCGCCGGAAGUUUAGAGAAACCGUCGAGCUGCAAGUUGCCUUAAAAAAUUACGAUCCACAGAGGGAUCGUCGAUUUGCUGGCACUAUUAGAUUAAAACACACUCCUCGACCAAAUUUUUCGGUGUGUGUUCUGGGAGACCAGCAGCACUGUGAUGAAGCUAAAGCAAACAAUAUUCCCUGCAUGGAUGUUGAUGAGCUGAAAAAAUUAAAUAAAGAUAAAAAGCUGGUUAAAAAAUUGAGUAAGCCACAUUUUCUAACCCUAACAACUCUUUCAGGCAAAAAGUAUCAGGCUUUCGUGGCCAGUGAGAGUGUUAUUCGCCAAAUACCCAGGAUCCUUGGUCCGGGUCUAAACAAAGCCGGGAAGUUUCCCACUGCUGUCUCGCACCAGGAGGCACUCGUGCAGAAAGUGGAGGAUAUCCGCGCUACAAUCAAGUUUCAGAUGAAAAAAGUACUCUGUUUGGGCGUCGCAGUGGGUAACGUUGGGAUGACCAAAGAACAACUGCAGCAGAACAUCACGCUUGCAAUUAACUUCCUUGUGUCCCUGUUGAAGAAGAACUGGCAGAACGUGCGUGCACUGUACAUCAAAACCACAAUGGGUCCACCCCAUCGUCUGUACUAA